AUGAAGGGAUUAUUAUUUGUUUUUCUAAUACUUGUUAUUGCUUCACAUAGUUUAUGCGUUAGAAUAACACCUAAAGCUGAUGAUGAAUGGAUUACUUUUGAUGUUACUAAUACUAAAUAUGGUGCUAUUGGGGAUGGCAAUACUGAUGAUUCAGAAGCUUUUAUAAAAGCAUGGCAAGAUGUGUGUGGGAGUCAAGUUACCCCAACACUUAUCAUACCAAACAACAAAACAUUCUUCUUACAACCUUUAAUAUUCCAAGGUCCAUGCAAAUGUGCAACAAUUAAAGUUUGGCUUGGAGGAACUAUCAUUGCCCCAAAAAACAUGGAGGAUUGGAAAUGGGCAGAAGAUAAAGAGCUAGCAUGGAUUCGAUUUGAAGACAUCUCUGGUCUUACUGUCAAUGGUGGAGGACAAAUUAAUGGCCAAGGUGCUCCAUGGUGGAAAGAGUAUCCUGAUAAUGAAAGUAAAAGGCCUUCUGCUAUUAAGUUUGUUGGGUGCGAAAAAAUUACAAUUAGUAAUUUGACUCACUACGAUAGUCCAAAAAAUCAUAUGGGUAUAGCUUCAUGCAAAGAUGUUUAUAUCUUUGAUCUUAAAAUGAUUGCACCAGACGAUAGCCCUAAUACCGAUGGAAUUAAUAUAGCAAGUUCGUCCAAUGUCAUCAUUAAGGAUUCAACAAUUACAACUGGUGAUGAUUGUGUUGCCAUUAACACUGACUCCUUCUUCAUCAAUAUAACUGGUGUUUUUUGUGGACCUGGUCAUGGCAUCAGUGUUGGUAGCCUCGGAAAAAAUGGAGAAUAUGCUAAAGUAGAAGAUAUAUAUGUUAACAACUGCACUUUUACGAGAACUUCAAAUGGAGCUAGAAUCAAGACAUGGGAGGGAGGAAAUGGAUAUGCUAGGAAGAUCACAUACGAAGAUAUUGAAUUUAACGAAGUCAAGAAUCCUAUAAUUAUUGACCAGAGUUACAAUCCUAAAAUAUAUGAUGAUGACGAUGGAAAAGGUGUGGCAGUGACUGAUGUUAUUUUUCGCAAUCUACGUGGAACAUCGACCGAAGAUCCAAUCCAACUAAAAUGCAAGCCUAAUAUUAGUUGCAUCAACAUUGAACUUUAUAAUAUUAACAUUACUCGUAUUGAUAAUGAAAAAUCACAUACGUCACUAUACUAA